AGGACCCCAUUGUUUUCCCUGAACGUUGCGCGUAAAGUAUUUUCGAUAGCCGCAGUGCCUUCUCCAACAAUGCAACGAUUUGGUAUUUAGUCACCAAAAUUUGUUUGCCACCACAACCUGACGCGCCUGACAAGGAGAGUGGAAAAAUCAAGAAUCGAUGACAAGUGAAGGACCUACUUGUACUAGAAUUAGAAAAAUGGAAGCAAGAAACAAGGCAACAUGAUCACCUCCCGUGGUUGGUUUCGUAGCGGGGGACCUGGAAGAUCGCAGGCGGAAACGAGUGAUGGUUGUGUGGGGCUGGCUCUAUAGAUAACAAGUCACGAGAAGAUGUUUCCGCCGGCUGCAAUUCAGAUGUCAUGUCGCUCCUCGGCAGCUGCAAGACUCCGAGCAAGAAAAGCUGCAGGCUCGGCGUUUGAUGUGGCUACUGCACGAGUUGCGCGGCUUUGACUGUCUUACGUUAAGUGAAGCGGAUCGUGGCAGAUCAUACGCAUACCCGACGAGGGAGAAGGUCUGACAGUGGGGCGACGAAAAUGAGCAGCAGUGGUGCUUUUGUUUCUGGUCCGGCCCAGAGUCGUGUUCGAAUGCCGGCACCGGGUCAGCAGGUUUAUCAGAAUCAUCAGAACUUUGGGCCGCAAGUUGUCCCAGGAACUACGACAGGGACAGGCGGCGGAUUCUCUCCCGCACCUACCAUGAUGCCCGGAGCAGUUGCAACGCCUGGUGGUUCUACGAUUGGAGCAGCCUCAGGUGGCGCGCCGCCUUUUUUGCAACCAGGCACACCCGCCCCGAAUGCGCAACAGCAAAUGGCGAUUGACCGGCGCACCACGGUGCACUCUGCCUUCAUCCAUCUGGUGGUGCACCUGAUCGGAUUGUUUGUCGUUGUAUCGAGGGAAAAACACCCAUCCUCAUCCAAUUUGUCAUGCAAAACAUGCAUAAAAUCCACUAUUUUCCAUGCAAAAAAUGGAUGGGGAUUGGUGUUUUUUCCCGGAUGCGUUGGGAUCUUUUACCUGAACUACUUCGUGCUGGAGAGUUACUUUUUGGCGCUCUUCUGGGCGACCGUGGCUUCCAUCCCCAUGUUUGAGGUAAAGAAACAGCUCUUUGUCUGGGUUUUGGCGUUUUUCCUCUCGGACGACGAGCUAUCAAACGAAAGUAUAAAUCAUGUCAGAGUUUGUUCUGGAAAAGUGCGAUAGGAUACUGAUCGCGACAAGUAACUUUUGCAGCGCUGAAAGUUCUUUGCAUCGUCGGUGAAAGUAGGACUCCAUAAUUGCGGCCGAUCCGCUUGCUGAUAGAAGAAGUUUAUUGAAAGGCUGAUAUAUUUUGUCAUUUCCAUCCGCCACGCGGUGUUGCUCUUGCCUGUACAAGCGGCAUGCGCAAGCAAGGACGACUUUCUUGUGUGUGGCAGAAACUGCCGCGCAUCAGUACAUACUCACACACUUUUACUGCCAGACACAGCGAACAUUUUUUCACUCCAUUCAAGGAAGACGAAGACAAUAAUCGGCUGCGAUCCCUGGUGCUAGAGGAAAACGAGAGUUCCAGCUUGGCUUUUUUUCAAGAAGAGCAACAAGAGGAGAUCAUGGAGCACUACAUCGACAGGCUGCAAGAACAUGAGGGUCGCCGCACAACUCGGUCUCGGAUCGUUGAUCCUGAUAACCAAGAGUCGCAGCUGCAACCUCCGCUGCGGUCCUCCUCGGGUGCGGAUGCUCCGCCUGUCAGGACCACUUCCAUGUCUUCUCCACCUGGAGGCAGCUCGUCUUCCACGUCAGCGACGUUGCGGCGCAGACUGGUAGCUGCACAGCAGCAACACCAAGGAGUACUGUCACCAAUACAACAGCACCUACACCAGCACACGGGAGUUGCAGGAGCGGGAGGUUCUCUCCGAUCUUCUACUCAGGGUCCAGCCCCUGCGGAAAUCUUCACCACAAUGGAUCUUGGUGCACCUAUUAGUGCAACUACUUCAAGGCGAGGAGUAGACCAGACGGCGGCAGGAGUAAAAACUCUCGGUUCCUCGUCGAUUCUGUCCAGAUCCCCGGGUCAGGAAGGUGCUUCAGAAUUGCAUCAUCCUGGUCGUCCAUCCGGAGGUCCUCUCGUCAGGCGAGGGUCCUCGCUGUACAACAAUCGAAGCACCAGACUGGAGCAGACGAAACGAUCGUGGUUUUUUUCGCAUCUGUUCGGCAUCCAGGAGAAGCGGUGGUGGAGUCGGUAUGAGUCUUUCGCGUCCUUUUUUUUCCGGGACCUGCCGAUUUUGAUUGACUUGCUCGCGCGGGUGCUGUAUUGGCUGGUGGCCCAGCCACUCGUGAACUUUGUCUCCUCCUCGUCCACCAACUCGGCCGAUUUCUCCUGGCCCUGGUUCGCGCUCCUGUACCGGGCGGUACUUGCGCGCGCGGUUUUCCUGCUCUACAAGGCCGACCCGGACUUGUUUGACCCGCUCGGCGCCACCGCGAGUUUCCUCUAUUUUUCCUGCCUCGUCGCCUACUCCCUCCUGAUUCUCAUUCGCCUAGUAGACGGGCUCCUCAAUUGGUUGACGCAACGUCGGGAUCAGGUAGCACCGGGCAGCGGCUACGGCAAAGUUUCCUCAACUUCUGGCAUGAUCUCGUCAAGCAGCGGAAGGCUAGCUGGAAAUGGUACCAAGUACCUGGCACGAGCAAGUGGUAGGAUGUCGUCGCCGCGGACAUCUUCGGCGUCGGCACGUUUGUCCGGCCGGGGAGAUCAUGAUCGUGGACUGCAGCACCAGCAACUAGGAGCCAUAUCUUCAUCCACCUCCUUCCAGCGCCCCUCCAGCUCUCGCAGCCGGACAUUUUUCCAGUCGCUCUUUCAACGCGGACGGGGUGGCGCAAACACUCUUGGGGGAGUAGGACCGGGCCAACAAAUUAUGAAGCGAUCAUCCGCUCAUUCCGCGACCCCACGACGACCUGGAGAUAGUACCAGCACCGUGCCCCCGCUCAUAUCUUCGCCAGAUGCCGAUCGCAGGACCACCAUGAUGCAGCCGCGCUCGUCGUCGGCGUCGGUGCAGAAAGACCUUCAAGGCCACAGCAUCGACCGAGCUAUGAGAGCGACCACUUCCAGUUCCAGAAAAGCAGAAACUAGAGCGCAGCUUGGCCACGACGAGUCUCACUCGGUGUCUUCUGUGGAGCUGCAGGAUAUGGGGUUGAUGCCGACUGCUCUGGACCCAAGUAGGGCUUCGUCCGAGCUCCGCCUGCCAGCAUGGGGUGAUGAGGACGCGGCACACCAGACCUUCAUGCGGACCAAAUUUGCAGCGAUGCAGGAAAAUCAAAAUUUAUCUCAUUCUCAUGUACAGCAGCACUCGGAAAUUAUACGAAGCUGCGGCCAAGAACAAUAUGAGAAUGACGAGCAGGAGAAAUCGUCCGCGUCGUCAACUCCUGAUGCACGCACCCGAGACCAUUUACUUGUGGAGGAUGAAGAAGAGGAUCCGAGAGAUGAAAGAGGACAAAAUAGUACAGCGUCGUUGCCAGCGGCGAUACUGAUUCGGGACCACGAGGAUGGUGCGGACGUCGAUGUUCUUACAACAGGAACAAUGAUCGCUGGAUCAACUUCUACCCGCGCAGUUUUGACCGAAAAUCUUCCGCAAUAUUCCGCUGGGGCUAAUCGUGCGGGCCUACUUACCACGACGGUGUCUAGAAGUGGCGAGGCUGAGAAAUCCUCCACAACCGCCUCAGAACACGAGCAGGAUCAGCAAAAGAGAAGCGAACACGAAUAUGCAGCUGCUGGCACGGCUAGCGCUACAACAAACAAAAGAUUUGAUGUCCAAGAAGAUGGUGAAGUGCGAAAUAAAGCAGAUUUUCUGGACGAGCGAACAAAGCCUAUCAUGUUGGCUGUCGACGAUCAUGGAGGUCAAGAUGAAGAACUGACUUCCACGAGCUGCUCCUCCUGCCUGGAAUGCGUGGUUGAUUUCCUUCGGGAGAUUUAUAUCCAGGUUCUGGCAACCGUGUUGACGGACCAGAUCCACACCCUGCUUGCCAUCUUCAUUAUUGUGUCCUCUGCUUUCUUGUGCGCAGUGCUGAUGGUGUUGUGUGCCGCGGAGCUCAGUCGCGAGAUUGCUUUCAUUUGGCAAGCCACACAGGAGUUCGCGGAGAGCAAUGAGCUGUUCCAGCAGCGCGUUUUGCCGGUGCUCGCCGGACUCUCGCAGGCAAUGCAUGUCGUUGGUAAGAAGCACCAGACGGGGGUCUCGGCCGACGGUUCUUCCGCGUUCAAUGUGAUGAAAGGAGCAUCUUCGUCACACUUCGCAACAACAUCUUCUACUACCCUCGGAGGCGUAGGUCUUGGCACGACCACUGCGACAAGUAAGGGUGGCACGGGGACGACAGCGACGAACGAAGCAGCGGGAAGAGCAACGUCCUCUCCGAGCUCUUUUUCUGCCUCUGACGCCGCUGCGAGUACACUAUCCAGGCACGAAGCAGCACAGACUGUAGGCAAAGGCGCCGACAGCAAUACUUUUUACACCGAGCAGUUCGGCGAUAAAAAGAACAGCACGAGGACGCUUUUAGGAGUGCCGACCACUACAACACGCGCCGGACCUAGUACAACAGGUGGGCUGGCGCAGCAAGCAAAUGCGAAUUUGACGCAGUACUACAACGAGUAUUUUUCUGGGUGGCUGGAGCGGAACAUGGUUGAAUACGAGUUCAUUAAGUUGGUGUACGACGCCUACAGUACCGUCGGUACAGAGCAGCACCAGCCGGCUGGUUUCCCGGCGUCUUCGCAGCAAGGGCAUCACCAGAAGGGUAGUUUGACGAAGGGCACGACAAGCAGGUCGUCUGAGAACAGCGGGAAAAUAACUGUAACAACUGCCGAAAUUAUGUCAGGAUCAUUGCCUUUGACUUCGUCGCAUGACAGUGGUCAGGAUUUUGAACAGGCGAGAGCGACGAAGAAUAUUGAGGACGACCACAAGAGUGGUCUCCACUCGUCCGAUCAUGUCGCAGCUAAUGAAGACGGCGGUGAUGGAGCGGCUGCACGAAGCGAGGAAACGGACAGCACGGCUGCACCGGAAGUACGGCUGCACCGGAAGAGACCACCGGCGGAUGAGAAAAAGGUAGCAGAUCGAUUCAGUAUUUCACUCCGAGACGACGGAGAUGAUGAUGACCAGCUUAGGAAAAACAGCAUGGCACUGUCAAACAGGACAAGUGUCGAUGCAACUGCAAAAGCGGAGCUCCUGAAGAAAGAAGAAAAACAUCAGAAAGUAACGGUGAAGAACACAACUGGAAAGGGAUCCUCUCCGUCCUCCAAAAAGAGCAAAAAAAUCGGAGGUGAGACAGCACACCCAUCCUCAUCGACCGAGAUCAGGAGCGCGACUUCCGUUGCAGAAGAGCAGGAACAAGUGCGAGACCAUGAUGAAACUGUUGGCGAAGAUGAAAAGGUCCCCGACGCGGCCGCAAAAACGCUGAAGAAGAGCAAGAGCACACCACGGUCGUCCUCAGCAGAUAGCCCUGCAUCGGCCGGUGACAGUGUUCAGAAAAAGCAAGGUCCUGAGGAAAAUGAGGUCGAGAUCGCAGCUGGGCACCACUUGGAACGAAGCAGCGAGACAGCUUCUAAAACGGCACGCAUGCAUAGAACUGAAGAUGACAGCACAAGAGAUCACCCGUCAGGAGAAAGUGGGCCAUCGAUCAUUGGUCCCGACAGCCGUCGUGAAUACAAGAAUGAAGAUACUACAGAAAAAAAUGCGACGAGGACCAGUGCUGCGGACGGUGCGGCGAGUACAACGGGCGACGUGAAAAUAAACUCAUCGGAGCCGUCGUCCGAAGUGAAGGAUGCCUCUGCCGUGGUCAAGGAACAGAAAUUCAAGAUUCUGCCACCACCACAGUUGAGCGGCUACUUCUUCUCCGACGCGUCGGUCAGAACUGUUCCUAUUCACAGUUUGCUUCUCGCGGAUGAGCAAAAUGCAGCACAUAGCAGCAGCACCGACAACGCCGAGGAAUAUGUUGGGGAGAGAAACAACGAACGAACAGAAGACCUCGACCGGCGGCUAGAGGAAAUCUUAAACGCAAGCGGAAGUACAAGUAAAGAAUCAACCGCGGAUCGAAAUAAGAAAAAGAUGGACAUACAACCAUCAGGAGAUCAGAACAUUGAGGCGGACGAAGCCGAAGGAACCAAGAACGACCAAGACGAGCCCGAUCGGUCGUGGUCGAGUUGGUUUCUCGAGUCCAGUACACGGUCACCGUUUAUCAGCACGACCAAAACGACAGAGUCGACAGUAGCAGGAAGCAUAGUAAAAAGACCAAGUGUAGCUGUAGAUGAAGAAGACAACGUACCAGAAACAUCGAGCGACGAAAGGCAACAGCGCCGGAAGAUGACACUUGCGAGUGAUGAAAUGCCCGGCCUCUCCGAGGACGAACAUGAAAUCGGGAAAAAUCCUGGCAACAGGAGCAGUCCUCCGCCACCAACGAGUAGUAAGCAAAACACCACUUCGGAGCACCAGAGGCACCAGGCUCCCCCACCGCACAGCUUUUCGCUGCGCGAGCUGAAGCAGGCACGAGCGCUGCUUUUUGAGCUUUUCCGCGGGAACUUCACGCAGGCGAAACGACUGUCCAGUGAGGCCUUCAACGAGGUGUAUUCCGCGUACCAGAGCAACAGGCUGACUAGUUUCAAGAGUCUUUUCCAGCAGGGGGCGCCGGGCCAGGAAGGCCAACAGGGCCAGUCGCCCAUCAGCCGCUUUCUGCAGUUCGUGGUGCUGUUGCUGCAGCUAUCCUGUGCAAAAGUAUCGUACUCGUACUAGUUGCAAUCUUGCAUGACAAACUACCUGAAUUAGCAUUACAAAUUUCAUUUUUCUUUCUGAUAAAAUUUGUACUGCAAUUUAUACUAGUACGAUAGUUUUGCAAUGCAUAGCAGCACUGGCUGGCGACCUUUCUGGAGGUGAUUUUCCAGGGGAUCGUCUUCAUUUGCGCCCUCUUCUACAUGCUCAAGAGUCGGGUAUGCGAGAAAAAAACUGUGUAAGUGUAACUUUGUGUUGCAGACGUUGCAAUACAGUUACACCUGUCAUGCUGGAUGUGCAUCAGAGGCUAUUUUCAUACGUGUUUUCGCGUACUAGCUACGCAUGACAGGUUUUCUCUGUCAUGCAAAACAAAUCUGUGAUGCUGUUCCUGCAAUAAAGUUACACUUACACACUUUUUUCCUUGGAUAUCGGGUGUCGGUGAUGCACUACUUCGACGAGUUUCUGGCCGUGAUCGACAGCUCCCGGAUGUGCUACAGCUGCGUGGAGCGCGUACUGAACGCCAUUCUGUACUCGGCGGUGAAAAUGUGCGUCUUCUACACCCUCUACACCUGGUUCAUUUGCUCUUUUUUCGAGUUGCCGCUUGUGUUCAUUCCGACCAUUAUUGCCGGCAUCAUGGCGCUGAUCCCCGUCGUGGACCCGAUUUACGUUGCAUUUCUUGCAAAUUUCUACGUAUACUGGAACUACAGCAACAUGGAGCAGUUAGGGCGGAAAAAUCGGCAAAUAGCAUCAUUUUUGCCAGCGCACUUUUUGGGGGGAUAAAAACUUUUUUUUUGUUGGGGGCGCAACAUCUUGGAAGCCGACACGCCUCGCGUGUCACUUCAUCUUUUCCACAGGAAACAUGAUGGCUGAGCUUUGGAAAUGCCGCAACACCCGGACCAGAAACAGGCCACAGCGCCUUCGUUCUGUGCCCUGUCGUUCAGAUGGCCGGACGCUUUGUCGUGCGCCCGCUCUUCGAACAGUGGCCGGGCCGCCUCCUUGACCGGGGCUCGACGAGGCCCUUCGCUCAGAAAAGGAGGCCCGGCCAGGGGGGGGUGGUCAAGGGGGUGCAUUUUUGCCCCUCCCGGAUACCCCUUCCGGGUACCCCUUCCGGGUACCCUUUCGGUAGCCUAUGCCGACCCCCUAAUCCCCAUUGGAAACUGCCGAUUUUGCGUGCCCCAUCCAAAAUGGUAGCCCAGAGGUAGCCCAAGCGCACCCCCUUACCCCCCCCUUCGGCACCCCCCCCCGGAAGCACUUGACUGCUGGCGCGUCCGCCUUCUGAAUAUCCGGCCGGAGAGGGAAGAUGAGAAGAUAUCUGGGCGCGUCCGGAACUGGAUGCGGGAGAGGGGGCGCGGCUUCCCGCGUCAGAGGGCCGCAGGCCUGUGCAACUGCAACAAAAUGCUGCGGUUUUAUUUGAAAACGGGGGGGGGCCGGAUGGCGGACCGUGGCAACGAAGAGUGGCGCCAGCAUCUAAAUGGCCAACAGGAAAAAAAGCAGUAGUGACACCCCCAACAGCCAUAAUUUUUUUGCCCCCUCAAAAUGCGCGCUCACAAAAAUGAUGCUAUUUGCCGAUUUUUCCGCCCCCUUGCAAAUUCCUACGUGUACUGGAACUACAGCAACAUGGAGCAGCAACAGCUGCUGGCUGCGAGGAACCUGCACGCGGCUGCAGCAUCGGCGUCGAGCGGCGCUGCAGAUAAUAGUUUCGCCGAAACCACUUCAACCUCUAUACUAACACCUCCCUUCUCCAUGUUCUCGUUUCGCUCGGACAUGUCAACAGCAGCCGACAGUACAAGCCCGCUCCACCAGCAUCAGGCCAGCAUCCUGUCGAGAGCUAGUAGCGCAACAUCUGCUCCUUCUGAUGCCACGUCGUAUGCGUUCUAUUGGGCGUCGAUUUGCUUCCUGAUCAAUCUUAUCCUGUGCAACAGUAGUACAGCUCUCGUGGUCGUGACGAUACGCAAAAGAUGAAAUGGCUUAUUUAUCCAUCGCUUUGCAUUUCAAAAACAGGCAGCUAACCCCAUGCUGAGGGUUACUGUCGACAGAAACGAAAGAAGUUCCGAAACUGUACGGUUAUGGAUUCCGAUAUUCGUACGAGAGCACUACUUUUGCAAUGCAUCCGCUUCACCACGUGGUGGAACGUGACGGUGGCCAUUUACAUGGAGAUUCCAGAGUCCAACCCCUGGCUAACCGGGUUGGGAGUUGUUCUCGGGAUUUCGCACUUCGGUGUGAAAGGAGUCGUCCUGGGCCCGGUGCUGGUCGUGAUCCCGCUGCUGUGCUACGAACUCCUGUUCGUCUUUAACAACGUCGUCGUCGACAAAAGUAGCAACACCACGGCCGCGCUCCCUGCUGGCGGAACAACUGUAGGAGGAGCUGGUGGUAUCUCAAGCAGCAGCAACAGCAGUAGCGCCUCAGCCUCGCCGCCCAUGGGCGCAACAAGUGCCUUCGGUUUGGCUGCACCACAUCAACAUCUUUCGGGCGGAGGGGUGAGUUUUGGUCUCAACAGUGCGGCGGGCAUUGGGGUCAUGAGUGCCGGUGACAGUAUUUCACACACGAAUAAUCCAUCUGCUUAUCCCUCCAAUGCGCUGCUGCAACACGUCGGGAAUUAUGCCUCCGCUGGUGCCACGGCUGUGGAAAACGAAGGUCUUGGCGGUCCGCUCGGCGCUGGCAGCGCAGCCAACGGACGACUUUCACCCCCGCAGAUGGCGGGAGUACCGCACGAUUUGCGGUUACAGUGCGAGCAGAUGCAGCUUUUCGGAGCUGCAGCACCGGGAGCAGCCAGUAAUGCUUAUCAAGAGCAGCGCGCUCCUGUGCGCCAGCCGGCUCGGUAUGCAAGCCCACCGAGAAUCGGGAUCAACAACAAUAAAGCGCAAAGCGGCCACACAAUCGCAAACCACCCCCAGCGCGAUCAGUUUUUGCAGGUGCCGCACCAGCACCUACUUGCUGUGCCGCAGCAGCAGCAGCAGCAGCCGGCGACGGAUGUAGCUCGCAUGCGGCAGAUGCUGGAAAAGAAGGACGGCAAGGCCAUAUUGCAAGAGGUGCUGUCGCCAAUGCCGAACCGGACCGGCGCGCGGGCAACCAUCGUCGAGCAGAUUACUUCAAACAGUGCAGCGGCCACGUCUGCUGCGAGCCACCAGCAGCAACAAGGGCAGCAGCAAGCGUUGGCGCAGCGACAUCAGCAGCAGCGUUUGCACCAGCCAGCAGCAAACGACGGGAAAAAUAAAGGUCUCCAAACCGAGAACAGAGGUAAUCAUGCUCCUUCUUCAAGUGCGACCUCUUCACCAGUUGUGAUGCGAAAGCGAGAAGGGAACCAGCAUGGCAACGACGUCCAGGACGCUACGCGGCCGAGCGCCGCUGGCAACGAGCGCCUGAGUUUCCUGACUGCGACCGGCGGCUCGCCAGACCAAGUGGGGAGAGACAAGAAAAACGAAGAUUUUGAUGCUGGUGCGGCGGAUUCGUCGGCGACAGAGGAUCCAAACGAGCAGGAGGACGGGCGAGACGUAAGUUUAGCAGGAGAAAGAGGCAGCUAUAAGAAUGAAACGACCCCGUCGCCGUCGAGACAUGGCAGCGUGAAGGAGCAGGAAAGAGAUGGUGUUGAUCGGAUGCACAGUCCACUGCGCGCAACCCAGUUAAACAUGGAGAAGUGAGUAGCUUGUACGUUUACUAAUACCGUCCUCUUGCUAUCUAGAUUCCUCUCUUUCAUCGUGCGUGAUUGGACAGCUGGUUCCCCCGGCUACAAUAGCUGUUCAGCUCCAGGACGAGCAGCCGCCGCAGCCUGUAAUCAAAAAGGAAAUUGAUACUGACAACGUUCGCGUUUCAAAAAAUAUAUGAUCAGUGUCGGACCGUCGUACACCGAAAACCAAAAAAUGUACCGAAACAAAGUAAAAGCAGGAAUGCCUACAACUCACUGUCAAUUGUAGAACGUUGUGCCUUGUAUUUUGUUUACGCUCGUGUUUUAAAAGCACUUGUAAAUUUGUUACUGUUGCAGCUAGUUGUACGCGUGCCGCUAGUUACGACCACAAGGGUAUUGUUCGUUCCAAAGAAAUGUUUCUUUUCUUCGCUCUGCCGGCGAGAUACGCUCUUUACCUUUGCGUGAUUUACUUCGCUGCGUCUGCCACUACGAUUUCGUUUCGCACUGCAUCACCACGACGUUUCUGUAAAUCAUCGAAGUGAAACCCUUCUGCAUGUUGCGUGUCUUGCUCAUGCUGUUUCUGGUCACUUAGUGCACGACUUCUUCUUGUUGGUAGGUGUUCAUUUAGGCUGUGAAGGAUCGCCAAAGAUACGAUCUCAGACGAAUGAA